AGGGCUGUAACGCCCUCCCUUGAAGCUUCUCAACAGAGUCAUAUUGAUGACCUUGUCCAGCGCAACCGGACGCAUGAGCAAACCAUUCGGAAACUCAAAGAUGAGCUUGCACAGGAAAAGAACAGAGCUAAAUCCGUAGUACAGGACAUCCAAACUAAGCUUCAUGCUGAGAAACGAGAGUGGCGAGAGGCGUGUGACACCCUUCAGUCUUGUCACCGUAUUCACCAACUGCGCUUGCACGUAGAGUUGGAGAAGCAGAGAUCAGGUCAACUUGCCGAGCAAGAUUUGCUUCGGAAGGAGAAGGUUGCUGCGCUGCAGAGAGAGUUUGCAAUCACCAAGUUUCAGAUCCAGGAGAGUCUUUUGGAGCGUCAAAUUUUGGAAUUGGAGGACAAA